AGUUAUUCUUGCCUGUUUAGUAACGGUAUGGAUAUCUAAAGCAACACAGCUAGCUUAUCAACUUGAAUUGUCUAAACAUGUCUCAAAUACGGUUGUUGAGGGUUUUUCUCAACGAGAGAUUAACAGCUGCUGCUGAGGAGAUAUUCGGGGUCGUUGAAAAAACGGUAGCAGAGUAUCAGGAGGAAGUUGUCCGUCUACAGAGGCUGCUCGACAUUGUUCUUCAACCUGAGAUUAACAUGCCCAGAGCAGACCUCCAGCAGCGUACUCUUUCUUUCUCUGAAGAGGAGGUUCCCCCUGAGCAGCAGCAGUGUGAGCAGGAGUGGAGCCCCCGUCUGGGACAGGAGGACCCAGAGCCCAUACAGAUUAAAGAAGAGCAGGAGGACCUCCGGAGCCGUCAGGGGGAAGAGCAGAUUCAAGGGAUUGAGGCAGAUACCAUAGAAUUCAUAUUCAAUCCUGUCUGUGUGAAAAGUGAUCGUGAUGAAGACCCAACUCAGCCCUCACAUCUCUAUCAAGCCCAAAAGGAGGGAAACAGAGAGAGAGACACUCUACCCAGUACUACAACUGAAAAUAUCAAAACAGAACCUGAUGGAGAGGACUAUAGGGAAUCAGAACCAACCAGUGUCUCUCAGCCUUUCUUUAGUGUAAAUCCAGACUGUUCUGCAGCUCAGAGUGAAAACAGGCAAAGUGUCAGUGGUAUGGAGACUAAAGAACCUCCUUCAGGUUUUAAGUCAGUCAAAUCAAAAAUAAUGAUGAUAAAAGGACAAAGGUCCCACAUCAAAACUAAGGGUAGGAAAUCUACACAGUUGUCCCUCCUGAAAUCACCCAGUCAAAGUCAUGCUACUCCUUGUUGUUGUAAGGUGUGUGGCAAGUCUUUUCAUCACAUGGGUACAUUAAUUAAACACGUGCAAAUUCAUACAAAGGAUGAAGAAGGUAUUUGUGGUGUGUGUGGAAAAUGUUGUUUUCAGUCUACAGAAAGUAUGAAAGAUCACUUCCAAACUCACAUUGCAGAUAGGUUUUGUUGUCAUGUUUGUGGUAAAGGUUUCACCUUAAACAGUAAUCUAAAAAGACACAUGAGGAGCCACACAAGAGAGAAACCAUAUGGCUGUCAUUAUUGUGGCCAAGGAUUCAGCACUGGCAGCACUCUGAAUAGACACAUUAGGAUCCACACAGGGGAGAAGCCAUUUUGCUGCCCUGAUUGUGGCAAAUCAUUCACUCAGAGUGGACAUCUAAAAAUACACAUGAGGACCCACACAGGGGAGAAACCACAUAGCUGCCCUGAUUGUGGCAAAGGAUUCAGCAUUGCCAGUAAUCUGUCAGUGCACAUGAAGAUUCACACAGGAGAGAAAAGACAAAAGGAUUCAGCACUGGCACCAAUCUGAAAGUGCACAUGAGAACUCAGGGGAGAGACCAUACUGAUGUCAUAGUAGAAAUGUACUUCCCAAUCAGGUACAUUAAAUAACAGACACACCAAGGAAGCACUUUAAAUGUGUGGAACUGGCAGUAUUUUUCUAAAUGAUAUUACUCUGAUAAAGUAACAUGAAGAACAAUCACAAGAGGGAGAAAACAUGACAGUGUGCUGUUUGGGGAGAGGUCUGGAGACAGAAGAUUGAGAGGCACCCCUUGACUUAUUCAACAUUUUGUUGUGUUAUAGCCUGCGUUUACAAUUACUUAAAUGUAAAAAAAUCCCCUCACAUCUACACACAAUGCCCCAUAAUGAUAAAGUGAAAACAUGUUUUUUUUUUAGAAUUAAAUCUCAUUUACAUAAGUAUUCACACCCGAGUCAAUACUUUGUAGAAGCACCUUUGUCUGUAUGUAUCUGCUUUGCACAUCUUGAUAUGGGGAUUUUCUCCCAUUCUUCCUUGCAUAUUUUCUCAAGCUCUUAAGUUAGAUGGGGAGUAGCGGUGAACAGCAAGUCUUUCCACAGAUUUUCAAUGGGAUUCAAGUCUGGGCAUUGGCUGGGCCACUCAAGGACUUUCAUAUUCCUGUUCGGAAGCCAUUCCAGUAUUACUUUGGCUGUAUGCUUGGGGUCAUUGUCCUGUUAGAAAGUAAAUCUUUGCCCCAGUCUAAGGUCAUUUGCACUCUGAAACAGGUUCUCAUCAAGGAUUUGCCUGUAUUUGGCUCCAUUCAUUGUUCCAUCUAUCCUUACCAGUCUCCCUGUCCCUGCCGCUGAAAAGCAUCCCCAUAGCAUGAUGCUGCCGCCACCUUGCUUCACGGUAGGGAUGGUGUUAGACGGGUGAUGAGCUCUGUCAGGUUUUCUCCAGACAUAGCACUUUGCAUUCAGGCUAAAGAGUAAACUUUUUGGCUCAUCAGAUCACAGAAACUUUUGCCUUAUGCUCAGUCUUUCACGUGCCUUUUUGCAAACUCCCUGCUUGCUGUCAGGUGCCUUUUUCCCCAGGGGUGGCUUCUGAAAGGAAUUUUAUAACAUCUGUACAUUAUAGGAACACCUGUAAUUACAACAGUACAAUGAUUCAUGUUUUGCUUUAGCUUGAUAUUAAGAAUCAGUGGUAGACACUAAGUGCAUGAAGAGGUCAACUGUACAAAAGUCAUGAGUGUUUGUUAAAACUAUACUUUCAGUUCCUGUUGAGGCUGUGUUCCAGUCUUACUUCUGCUAGCACAUGAUAGCAAUAGGAGGAAGAAGGAUUGGGAAAAUAACUGCAAAUUACAAUGAACUUCGCUUAGCAGAAAAAUCUUUGUAUUUGCAACUAUUAAUUAUGAGCUUAUAUGGUAUUAAAGUUAAGGGACAUCACUCUGGGUGAGGUGAACCUCAGUUGGGGAUAAAAAGGGAAAACACCAUCUUUUGAACUAAGUGUGUUACUUGCAAGUGACUAAGUGUAAACUCCGGGUUGCAAUCCGGCUUGCAAUCCUUAUUAAACAAACUAACCUCUGAUCAAGGAAGUUUCCCGUGGUCUCUUGUAUGAACAUAGGGCAGAAUUCCCUUGCAUUUCCAUCUGGUCACUCUCCCAUAAAGCCCAGGUUGGUGAGGUGCCAUAGAGACUGUUAUCGUUCUUGCAGGUUCUCCUAUCUCAGCCAAGGAACUCUGUAGUUCUGUCGGAGUGGUCAUUGGGUUCUUGGUCUCCUGCCUGAUCAAGGUCCUUCUUGCCUGGUUGCUCAGUUUGGUCGGACAGCCAGCUCUAGCCAAAGUCAGGGUAGUUCCAUAUUUUUUCAGUUUCCCAAUGAUUGAGACAACUGUGCUCAAUCAAACAUUCAACACACUAUAAAUUGUUUUAUACCCUUCCCCAGACAUGUCUCAUUACAGUAGAGCUCUACGGACAAUUCCUUGGACUUCAUGGUAUAGUUUCUGCUCUGACAUGUACUGUCAACUGUAGGACCUUUAUAUAGACAGGUGUGUUUCUAAAUCAUCUCCAAACAAUUGAAUUGGCCACAGGUGGACUCCAAUCAAGUUGUAGCGACAUCUCAAAGAUGAUCAAAGGAAAUUGGAUGCACCUGAGCUCAAUUUUGAAUGUCAUAGCAAAGAGGUGUGAAUACUUUUGUAAAUUAGUUAUGGGUGUGUUUCAUUUUCAGUAAAAAAAAAAGUUUUUCUAAAAACAUGUUUUCACUUUGUCGUAAGAGGGUAUUGUGUGUAGAUAGGUGAGAAUUAUUUAUUUAAUCAAAUUUGAAUUCAGGCUGUAACACAACACAAUGUGGUAUAAGUCAAGGGGUAUGAAUACUUUCUGAAGGCAUUGUAUAUUCCACUCUUAGGUGAAUAAAAUAUGACUGAAUUACAACUUCAACAUAAGAACAUUACAUCACCCGAAGCAGCCACCACUGUCUAACAGAGAGCAGUCUGGAUUUCUGAGCAACAGUAGUCCCUGGUCAUUAGUUAUAGGAUGACAGAAAGACAUUUGAAACUAUGUCCUCCAUCUCUAGAUAAAAUAUGUUUUUGUCAAUAUGUUGAAAUUUGCCACAUUACAUCUGUUAUGAAGUUGUUAAAGGGCAAUUCCAUGGUAACUAUGCACAAGGACCACCUUUUAACAAUUUCCACAGGGGAUUUUACAAAAACACAUUUACAGAAAGAACUGUGCAGAUCCAAAGUGUGGUAACAGAAUAAAACUGAGUUUUAUACUGUAAUUCUGUUACCAAACUUGGCAUCUGCACAGUUUUUCCAGUAAAUGUGUUUUUAUUUUAUUUACUGUGUAAAUUGUUAAAAGUAGUCAUUGUGUGUAUAUAGUUGUAUGGUUUGUUAAACUUAGGAAAUCAAUGGUUUUGGUUUGGUACACAUUUUUAAAUGAAAAAAAAAUCAGAAUCUCUGCGUAAUUCCAUUACCAUGGAAUUGCCCUAUAAAGUAGUUUCCGCAAUAUCAAUUACUUUGUAUAUCAGUUAAGAGCUGAAAUAAUCCUACCAUUAAUAUUACUUCUGAGCUUGAUGCCAAUAUCCACUCUGAGGGGAAAAUACAUUUUUAUUUUGUUUUCCAUGUUUUGACAAGCAUUAAGAAAAUUGUUGCGCUAUGCUCAAGUGGACCCAUUCAUAUACUGUAAAUGAACCUUCUGAAACAUGUGUUUUUUAAUAUUCUAGGGAUUGUACAUUUUAUCUGCCUUUGUAUAACAGAAUAAAUGUUGAUAACACA